CACACAUCAUCAGUUUCAUUCUCUCGCACAGAUCUAGACAGCAAAAGGAUGAUAUGCUGACCAGAGAGAAAUGUCCUAGCUGUGCCCUCAAAAUGGCUAUCCCUUUUUCUGUCAUAGUGCAAUCGACAGAUCAUUGAUUCACCGAGUGAAAGCCCCUUAACCUUUGAAAAACCUCCUCCUCGUCAGUGUUGUGUCGAAAAUACGUGAGCUGGUUACAUGGAGCUCAUUUUUCUUUUGUUGUGGGCCAUGCUCAGAUCCGGAGAGGCAACUGGACAUGGAAAUGGGAAGUGCCCCACCCCAUACUACAUUGAGUUUGCUGAGAUUACCAUUGACAGGGUCAUGCUGGGCAGCAAGGGACGAUACAAGUGUGAAGAUGGCUAUAAAAGGACAAUUGGGGAGAGUAAUUUAAUUGUCUGUGUUAAUGAUACUGGGUUCAUUCACUGGACCACAAAAACUUCUGUAUGUACACGCUUCUCCAUAGCUACUUCACGGCAGUCAGAAAGAAAACCACAGAGCAGUGCACCUGAGAAUCCAGUCACCAUAGUGCCAUCAGACGCAGCAGGUUAUUGUGGGAUACCCAGCCCUGUGGAACAUGCCAUACCUACGAUGACACAUUAUGCUGUAGGUCAGGAACUGCAUUACAAGUGUCUGAGAGGUUAUGAUGCCCGACUCCCAACCUCUGAUAUCAGCACAUGUAAGGAAGAACGUGGGAAAAUCUUCUGGACAAGGCUAAGUCUGCUGUGCACUAAUGACAGCAAGAGUGGAGAAGAGAUGACACAACCAAUUCCAAUAACAGAUACAUCAGAACCAUCCCAUGUCCCACCAGUGAUGCUUCAUGUCUGCACAGAUACAUCAGAGCUGUCCCAUGUUCCAUCAGUGAUGUUGCCUGUCACAGUUGCUGUCUUUACUGUCUUCCCAAUCAUUUUCAUCAUUUUGGGGUGGAUCAUCAUACUGAAACUAUGGAGACGGAGGAGUUUUACAGAAGAAGUAAAGAUUGAAAAGACAAAGUCCAUUCUAAUAACAGCAGCAAGAGUGGAAAUGGAAAGUGAGGUGGAAGCUCACAGACUAAAAUCCAAUAUGUGAAGGAAGUAGCAGAUGUUUCACUUUAACGCUCGAGCUGGAUUGCAGUGGGAGAGACUGGUUCCUGCCUAGAGCCAAGCUAUCUGAGCUCUCAGAGCUCGGAAAAGAUCUAUAGCAUACGGAAUAUGGGCCAUAUUGUUAUUAACAGACAAAGAACUUCUUUCACAUUCAUUUCAAGUUGUUACUAUGUAUGUAUCUUGAAGACCAUUAGCAGUAAAAACCUAAACAAGUAAAAGUAUGGAAAUCACCAGUUAAGGGCAAGUAAAUACAUAUUCAAAUAUAUUAAUAGUUUAUAUAAUCUCUUUUUAAAAAGGAACAUGUGUAAAAUGUCACAUUGGAUAUUCCAGAAAUACCCUUCAAUCUGCCCCUCUAUCCCUGCCCAACCUGAUACUGUUUCCCAGAAAUUCUCUUCACCCUCCUCUCUUAUAUCAUAUGUAUUUCCAAUAUGGGCUAUAAACUCUCACAAACUACCAGCCAGCACAUGUGGUCCACAGGCCUAACCAGGCAAUAUGGCCAUUAUUAGACAGAGACACCAAUAGAGUCAUAGAAUAUCAGGGUUGGAAGGAACCUCACUCAGGAAGUCAUCUUGUCCAACCCCCUGCUCAAAGCAGGGCCAAUCUCCAAUUUUUGCCCCAGAUCCCUAAGUGGCCCCCUCAAGGAUUGAACUCACAACCCUGGGUUUAGCAGGCCAACGCUCAAACCGCUGAGCUAUCCCUCCCUCACCAUGUCACUUACUCCUCCUGUACAAGCCACAUAUCUGACUCUCCCCAUCCCACCUCUGACUGCUACAGUCAAGAGAUUGCAGCUUAUCUUAUUUUCCACGCAUUGCCCAGAAAUGACGCCUUUCUUACACACUCCCUGUUCUACUUUGUGGGAGGAAAACCCAGUACACCCCAAUCACUCUUUUCAUGUGAGCUGAAAAGCUCAUCAUACCCUCUUCCUCCUCUCACUGUGAACCAGAGGCUUCACUUUGCACAUACAUACAUCUUCAUCCAUCCCCUCUACCCUUAUAUUUCAGACUAUCCCAUUCAUCAGAGCAGGCUAGUACAUUGUUUAGCAUAAAGGAAGGAAGGGUGUUGGCUUUGUCUGUAGAGCAGUGCUCUACAAACUGUGGGGCUCACUGCCCUACAUGGGCGCAGAGGAACAUUUUGGGGUGGCAUGCGGCAAGUCCUGGGCCAGCCCUCACAGUGGGUGGGAAGGGAGUGCCACCCAGCCCCACUCUGACCCAAGCCCAGUUCCAGCUCCGGCCCCAGCUCCACUCCACCCCCUGCUCUGCCCCCAACCCAGCUCCAACCCCACUCCACCUACUGCUCCGUGCCUAGUUCCAGCCCCAGCUCCACUCCGCCCCCAGCCCAGCUGUGCCCUCAUUCCCUCUCUGCCCCCAGGCCAGCUCUGCCUGUAGCCCCAACUCCUCCCUCAUCCCCAGUUCAGCCCCCAGCUCCACUUUCAGACCAAGCAGUUCUCCUGAGCCAACUGUGCAGUAAUGAAUGGGGGAAGCGGAUAGAUUCCAUUACUGGUAAGGGGGAUGCAACAGGAAAAGUUUGGGCACCACUGCUGUACAGUGUAUCAAGAAGUACUUGACAGCUCAUUCUGCCAAAGUACUUGGGACUCCGGUAUACAGGGGCAGAAUUAAGUUUGACUUUGGAAUACACAAACCGAUAUUUGACAUGUACAUUUAUUUAUGGGAUCAUAUAAACUGCAAGUGCAUUUGAAUGUUUAUGUAUCUUCCCAUAAUUGUUCAUUUCAUACUACUGUAAACUACUAGAAUCUUGUGAUGACUCCAACUAUGGAAACUACAGCAUCCUGGCUCAGCUUUAUAUUCUGCACCACUGGUUUGUUAAUUCUUUCAGUUUUUUUUCUUGCUCAGUAUUCUUGAUAGUUAUACUUUACAUGGUUGACACUGAAUCCUAUUGGCAUAGACCUAGUUCAUUAUAUGAAUAACUUUGUUGAGGUGGACAGCUGAUUAUCUAAUCUCAGUGCAUUAUAGAAUACUUGUACAUACAUUUUACCUUUAGAUGCUAUUAUUUUGAGUGGGAAAAGGAGAAGUCCUAUAUUUAUGUCAAAGGGUGGAUUGUUCACACCCUUCAGCUGCUGCAAGGGCUCUGAUUCCUGGCAAAUUAGCAUACAAUACACUGCCUUGUUCCUAAAUUAUCUGACCCUUUUGCUACUUAUUGCUUGCAGCUCCCUAAUAUUUCCAUUAUACAUUGCAGAUGGUUCUGGCAUCUAUAUGCCUGCUAGCAGUUGGUCCUGUUCUGCACGGCUGGUCCAGUGGGCUGUCCUGCUCCGAAAAACUCAUUAGAGAAAACUAAUCCUUCAUCUAUCCUAAGGUGCACAUUGUUAUGGAGAGUUCUCCAAGAAAUAACUGCACUGUUAUAUGUCCCCAACUGCCUUGAAGCUUGUCCACUCUCCCGCUUUCUGGCUGGCUCAUAAAUUCCCUCUCAAGUCCUCUUACUUCUUUGUUUCUUGAAAGUGUACCUCUCAAGGUUGAAAGAGACAAGCUUUCGAGCUACACAGUGAGUUCUGCCUCAGAUCGGGGAACGGUAAUCAGUGUCACAGCUAAAUACAAGGUGGAGCAGACAGUUAAGCAUAAGGAGUUAAUACAUGUUGCAACAGACCAUUCAGAAUGAAGUGGGCAAUUAACACCUCUGCAGUCAUAGGACAAAAGAGGGUUAGCAGGGUACAGGUUGUUGUAAUGAGAAAUAAUACCAGAGUCCAUGAUUUUUGGUGUCUGGCUGAGGCUAAGUCUACACUGGCAAUUGAAUGACAAAACUUUUGUCUUUCAGAGGUGUUAACCUCAACCUCCCCCCAAAAGACAAAAGUUUUGCAGGAGACAAGCACCAGUGUGAACAGCGCUUUGUUGGCAGGAGCACUCUCCCGCUGACCACGCAAACACCGCUUGUUGGGGGUGGAACUGUUUUGUCGGCAUGACAAACAGCAGCUAUACGAUGCGACUUUUAGUGGCACAGCUAUAGUGACACAGCCGUGAUGCUAAAAGCUGUGUAGUGUAGACAUAGCCUGAAUGUGAAGGCCAGGAAAGGGGGUUCCCAGAUAAGCUCCGGGUUUGACUUUUGAAGGUGUUAUGCAGGUUUCCUGUGAGGAUGUGGACUGAUCGAGUGCCACUGCCGAGGGGUGGCAGGGUAGGAAUCAUGGGUACAGUGGUUGGCUUAUAGAAUUUACCACUAAGUAAACAUGGUUCACAAUUUCUGACCAACUCUUCAAUGUGACUAUCAAUUCCUGGCCACCAUACCACUGUGCAACAGCUCUGCUUCACACAUACCACCCCAAGAGGCCCUUUGUGGGCAGUGGGCCAGCACUUCUCCCUGCAUGGCCUUUGUUACUAUCACCCGGGAGCCCCGAAGUAGACCAUGAUCAACCCAUGGUGGCAAUUCUUGUCUCACAUGAAAAUAAGCCCCCAAAUAAUCUGGAACAUUUUUUGGCCAACCCUGACAAACAUGUCUGAGAACUUCUUGUAACACCACACCCUUGGUCAGCACCUCUAACAAUGAUUUGGAAGUGACAAGAGAGAGACCAGUCAAGGCAUUAUUAACCUUUUCCUGGCUCAUAACCCCCUUUUCUGUGGGUUUGCCAAGUGAAGCUGAGAACAGGUGAUCAGCCACUUGAUUGAGUUUACCCAGAUAGUAUUGUGCUGAGAAAUUGUACUGAUGUAGGUGAUCAGCCCAUCUAUUUCUGUAUUCUGCGAGUCUACCUGGAUGGCAUUAACAGUGUAGUUGACACCCAGUGGUUGAUGUGUAAAGUGAAAGUGAAGCCAUACAAAUAAUGAUGCUUCCUUUCACAUGUCCAUAUGCAUGCUAGGGCCUCCUGCGCCACUGCCAACUAUUUCUGCUCAGCUGAGAAGAGCACUUGGGAGGUGAAUGCCACUGGGUGUUCCACCCCCUGCUGGAUCUAAGAGAGCGCAGCACCAAGAGCCAUAAGUGAGGCAUCACACGUGACAAAAAUAGGGGCUCAUAAGGCAAAGUAUGCCAGUGUGGGAACUGAUGUAAUAUGUUCUUUGAGGUUUGUGGCAUGGUUGUAUAAUUGGGGUGCCCAUUGAAACCACCCAUGGAUGAUGCUUAUAGCUACGGCAACAGCCAAGACCAGAGGAGACCUUGGGGAGUACGUCUCACCAACUGUUCUCCACAAGGUGGAUUUCUGUAUUCUGCAAGUCUAAUACUUCAAAGCUCAGUGUCCGGAAUAGAUCCAGUCUGAGAAGGUUGACCCCAAAAUGGACCACAUAAAAUGGGACCACUCACACUUCUUAGUGAUGAUAUGUCUGUCACAUAGAGAUCUAUCUUGUCCAGCAAAGUGAUUUUCGCAUUGCCAUAUCCAGAUAGCGUGGACUGCACUGGCCACAAGGCAAAAUACGCAAAAUAUCUAUGGUAUGUUGUGUAUUUUAUGAGUCAGAUCGUGCUCCAAUGUCCACAAGCAGCAGUGUCUCUACACCCGCUAAAUGGCAGUGGCAGAUUUUAAAACUCUGCCAGGCCCAUGUCACCAAAUUGAUCUCCUUAGCCAUAGACUCAUCGGUGGGGAUGAGGUAAUUCUGAUUGUGUCAUCAUUUUUAUUAAAGAAUUCUUUUAGGCGGAGUCAGCGGAGUCUAGUUCUCCACAGAAGAAAUAAAACCCCCUCUGACCACAUAUCCCUAAUUGUCAUAUACCAUCCCACACUAGAACUCAUCAGGGAACCUCAUCCUGAAUUAAAUCUUUCCUGAACCCCCUCUUCUGGCCUUCUAACAUCCUCCCACACCAACUUCUCCAAGCUCAUCAUGAGAAGCAAGUUCACCACAUAUCAGGACACCCCAACUCAAAGCAGCACCAGACCCUGCCAGAACAACAGAUGCAAAACCUACAAACAUAUCUCCAUUGUUACAAUGAUCAACCCUCCCCCCUACACAAUACACCUUUUGAGAUCCCUGGGUCCUACAUGUAUCUAUCCCAACAUGUGGUGUACCUCAUCCAGUGCACUAAAUGCCCCAAUAACAACUAUGUGGGUGAAACCAGACAAUCACUACGCUCUUGAAUGAACUCACACAGGAAAAUG